GGGAAGAGAAUGACGCAGCAACCUAUUUGCACAGAGAACGUUUGGCCUAGAGACUGCUGCGUAAUCAUACUGCGGCACCGUUUUUUCUUGCCGCAGCAGCUACUUGUGGAGGAGCUCUGCCCACUGCGACUCUCUGCAGGGUUCCUGCAGGACCCGUGACGGCAGCCAUCACAGCCCUCUGCACCCUAGCCCAGGCUGUCGUUGCUUCAGUGCGGCUCUCACAGCCUCAGCACUGCCUUUUAUCCCUGCUGCAGCCUUAACUGUCGCUCCAUCACUCUGGCAGUCACUGUUCCUUCCACCUCUUCCUCAGCGAUCGCCGCUUCUGCUAUUUCGGUGAGUCUUUUCCUUCAAGUUCAGGUCUUCUGAUCUCGGUGGUAGCCACCUUAGACGUGUAAGAUCCUUUGGAAAAAUGGCCGAGUCAGCUGACCGCAAGGAACUGUCAGAAUCCAGCCAAGAAGAGGCUGGUAAUAAAAUAAUGAUGAAUGGGCCCGGGGAACAUCAGGAACUCGGCGAAGAUGCCGCUACCGGGCCUGGAGAUGUUGGGAAUCGCGGUGAAGAAGCCGCUGCUGGGCCGGGAGAAGAAGGGAAAAAAGGUGAAGAUGCUUCUGCUGGGUCUGGGGGACACGGGGUUAAAGGUGGAGAUACUGAUGAGGACUUAGACCCAGACCGACCAAAAGGACUUAUCGGGUAUCUUUUAGAUACAGACUUCGUUGAAAGUCUACCUGUGAAAGUUAAGUAUCGUGUUUUGGCCCUUAAGAAGCUUCAAACUAGAGCAGCAAAUUUAGAAUCCAAAUUUCUGAGGGAAUUUCAUGACAUUGAAAGGAAAUUUGCUGAAAUGUAUCAACCCUUACUGGAAAAAAGACGUCAGAUUAUCAAUGCAAUCUAUGAGCCUACAGAAGAGGAGUGUGAAUAUAAAUCAGAGUCUGAGAACUAUGAUGAUGAAGAAAUGUAUGAUGAGGAAAAGAUGUAUGGUAAUGAGGAGGGUAUGGUACAUGAGUAUGUGGAUGAGGAUGAUGGUUAUGAGGACUGUUAUUAUGAUUACGCUGUUGAGGAGGAGGAGGAGGAAGACCAUGUCAUGGAGGCAACUGGAGAAGAGAGUAAAGAAGAGGAUCCUAAGGGAAUUCCUGAUUUUUGGCUGACUGUUUUAAAAAAUGUUGACACUCUCACUCCUUUGAUUAAGAAAUAUGAUGAACCCAUUCUGAAGUUUCUGACAGAUAUUAAAGUUAAGCUUUCAGACCCUGGCGAGCCUCUUAGUUUCACACUAGAAUUUCACUUCAAACCCAAUGAAUAUUUCAAAAAUGAGCUGUUGACAAAGACUUAUGUACUGAAGUCAAAGCUAGCAUAUUAUGAUCCCCAUCCCUAUAGGGGAACUGCAAUUGAGUAUUCCACAGGUUGUGAGAUAGAUUGGAAUGAAGGAAAGAACGUCACUUUGAAAACCAUUAAGAAGAAGCAGAAACAUCGAAUCUGGGGAACAAUCCGAACUGUGACUGAAGAUUUCCCCAAGGAUUCAUUCUUCAAUUUCUUCUCUCCUCAUGGAAUCACCUCAAAUGGAAGAGAUAGAAAUGAUGAUUUUUUACUUGGUCACAAUUUACGUACAUAUGUAAUACCAAGAUCAGUAUUAUUUUUUUCAGGUGAUGCACUUGAAUCUCAGCAAGAGGGGGUAGUUAGAGAAGUCAAUGAUGCAAUUUAUGACAAAAUUAUUUAUGAUAAUUGGAUGGCUGCAAUUGAGGAGGUUAAAGCCUGUUGCAAAAAUCUUGAGGCAUUAGUUGAAGACAUUGAUCGCUAAACCAGAGUGUAUAUAGCCUUGAAAUUAACCGAUGUAAAUCUAAUAGUUACUCAAGGUAUAAGAAGUUAAUUACAGUCUUGUGUUCUGUAUUUUUCUCAUAGUGUCAUUUAAAAUAUAUGUCUCAGAAAUAUAUGAAAAGUUCAAAUACAAAUUCAUUAUUUCUUGCAUUUUAGUAUUAGAAUGUUUUUAAGAAAUGCAUACUGUGGUAAAUAACUUAAGUAUUAAUAUAAUAUUGAGUAGUUUAAUCCUUCUGAAGUCCUUUUGUCAUGUAGUUAUUAACCUGUGACUGUGAAUAUUAUCAGAAAUGCUAAAUGAGAUCAAUAUUUACUUGGGAAGAUAAUCUUGGAAAACAACCCAAGGGUUUUUACUGGGUUUAUUUUUUGUAUUUUUUUCUUAGUCUUUUAGCUAAUAGAUUUAAUUUUGUUGUGCCUGCUUCAUCUUGUAAUUAAAAUGCAAUAGAAUUUAAAACUUGAAUGCUUAAGAGGCAGCCCAUUUAUGGUUAAAAAUUUCAGUCAAAACCAUAUUUAUUGUUAAUAACAGAUUUUUCAUAGGCUUUUGUAUUUUACGUGCCUGUGAUAAAUAAUGAACAUAGUUACACUAAGUUUAUUCAUCAGUGAAGUGUUAAAGUAUUUUCAAAAGUUUGCACAUAGUGUUCUAUAUAAUUGUGUAAAUCGUGAUUACAGUGUAUAAUUCUCUUGUCCUAUAGUAUAUUGAAUUCACUGAAUGUGACCACUUUGUCAUUUUGGAAAGGUAUUUUGUGUUCUUAUACUGAAGAAUAAAAUGAAUAAAGAUUUCAGAGUGGUUUGAAAUUUGGUCUUUUUAAAAUUAAAAUAAUAUCUUCACUGAAGAACAUUUGGACAAUACUAAAAACUAUAUACUAAUUAAACCCAAAAUUCAUAUACCUAUUUCCCCAUGGAUAAGCACUAUUAAUGUUUUGAUUUACUUUCUACAAUUUAUUUUUGUCUUGUUUACAUAUCCCUGCACAUUUACUAAUACUAUACUUAGAUGUGUAAAGAAAUUAUAUCUUUUUAUUGUUUAGAACUCAUCUAAUCUUAUUUUGAAAGUUGUCUGUAAACUGUCAAGAAUUA